AUGGCAUCCUGGGCGGCCCUUGGUGGACCCGCAUCCCCACCCCCGCCGCCCACCCGCUCUGGCCAGACCCGUGAGGCCCGCGAGGCCGCCGCCAUUCGGGCAUACGAAGAGGCACUGGCGACUCACGCCGGCGGCAAGCUGGCCACAGCACGCGAGCUGUACGAGGCUGUCCUGGCCGAACCUGUCGUUGCCGAUGCCCGCAUGAUCCCGGGAAAGCCGCUGCGGGCUGUCCCCGCCGCCUUGCUCAAGUUCCUCGCCUCCAAGAACCUCGCCGCCGUCCUCGCCGCCCUCGCCCCCGACGACCCGCGCCUGAUCUCAGCAGGCGUCGACCACGCCGUCGCUGCCCUUGGCCUUGACGACUCCGACGGCCUGCUCUGGCGCCUCCUCGGUGACCUCGCCACCGCGGCCAGCAAUCCGGGCCUCGCACGCUACGCCUACGAACACACCCUCGAGGCAGACCCCUACGACCGCAAGGCCGUCCGCGGCUUGGCUAGUGCUCUGGCCCUGCUCGAAGACCUGCCUGCCCUUGCUGCCGUCGACCGCCACGCUGCUGCCCUCGGCACACCUUCAUCGCCGCCGCCCGGAAGCAAGCGCGCCCGCCCAAGUUCGCCGCCGCCGCCACCCCGCCACCCCGUCCGCGACAUCGUUGUCGCGCCCAACGCUACCCAUCCGUGGUUUGACCUCGUCCUUGCCCUCGUUCACCAGCUUCGUGCAUCGCUCACGGCCACUGAGGCCGGGGAGUGCGCAGUCCCGCGGGUCCGCUUUGUUCUCGUUCCGCUCGACAAUCCCGAGGGUCCGGCCGGAACCAUCCUCGACCCGCCUCCUUCCCCGGAGCGCUCGCCCUCGCCGCCUCCAGUCUCCAUGCCUGGCAAGCAGCCGCGCGCAAAGCCCGAGCCCGAGCCCUCGCCGCCUCUCGCAAAGCCCGGCAAGGACUCCGACGAGCCGCAGGGCUUUGACACCCGCGCAGCCUUUGAGGUUGUCUCACAAGCGCUCUCCGAAGUCCUCAACAUCGGCAAGCCGUUGUCGUUGGCCGACGCCCUGGUUUCGGGUGACGCGCAGCCGGUCGACGACUUGUCGCACGCCCACGAGCCAGUCCUCCUCCGCGGCUCGUCCGGCUCGUCGCCGCCACCGGUCCGAGCCGAGGCUUACGCCCACAUCAACGACCUCUCGCUCGCCGCCUUUGUGGAGCGCAAGCUCUGCGGCUCCCUCUCGCUCGUUCACGCCGGUCGGGCUGUCCUCGCUCAUGUAGCCGGCGAGCUGUGGGACCAUGUGUGGGAGCCGCCGCUGGCAUCCGCCAUCUUUGACCUCGAAGCCGCCCUCGAGGCCUACGGCGAGCCGGCCCCGGUCGAAGUCGUCCUCACCCUCGCGGAAAUCGCCGUCGACGACGGUUCCUCCGCCGACGCGCUCCGCCUUGCCAAAGUCCGCAUGAUUGACUUUCUCACAAAGCUGCAGGGCCUUGUCGGUCGCGGCGCUGGUGCCCGCGCCGAUCGCUCAACCCGCAUCCUCGCUGUGCGCGAGGCUAGGUACGCCUGGCUCUGGGCCCGCUACCUGGAGACCGUCGUCGGCUCAUGCCCGCUGGCCCUGCCGCAGUACGGUCGUGCCCGUGAGGCGCGAGCCUCUGCCGGCGUCGACAUCAUGCUUCCAAACUGCUCGCGCGUCGGCGUCAUCUCCGAUGACGGCAUCCGCUCGCGCCUGGUCGGCAUCGCUCUCUCGCGGACCGUCAACCGCAUGGAAAAGCUGCUGGCGGAUCCAAAGGCCGAUCCCAAGGACGUCCACGAAGUCCUCGCCUCGCUCGCCGACGUUGUGCGAAACGCCUCUGUCCUUGACGAGAACACACGACUCCUUGCGGAGCAGUUUGAGUAUGUGUCUGCCGAGGAGCAGCUGCACGUCUUCCACCUCAUGCACAUCGCCGCUGUUCGGCUCCGCUACGUCAGCGUGGCCCUCUGGACCGCACUGCAAGCGCUCCGCAUUCUCAUAUCGCUCGCCAAGGCCGCGUCGCCGCUGGCAGCCGCUUCGGUCGAGGAGCUCUGUUCCAACAUCCUCGUUCUCCUCGAGGGUGAAGGCGCCCCCGUCCCGCCACCAGAGAGUCUGGCCCUGGCUGUCCGCCUCGGCGUCGACGACGGCCAGCUCGCGUCAGACCUCGCCCAGCUCGUCCUCACCGCCCUAGCCCUCAUGAUGGCCACCGACAAGCUCCCUGUCUCGGCCGAUGUCCCCUUCCUUGUCCUCCACGCUCUGUGCUCGGGCUACGGCCAGGCCAACGACGAGGCUGCUCUCUCGGGCGCACGGCUCACCGUUCUCCAAGUCGGACGCCUCUUCCUCCGCAGUCACAACGAGUGCCAGAUUGACUCGGCUCGCCUCCUCAGACUCCACGUCGAGCAGAUCAUGGCCAUCCGUGAGCAAAGGCAGCUCGCCGCAGACCGCGACGAGAGCGGCGACGCCAGCGAUGACGAGCUCGCCAGCGAAUGGUCCGACGAGCGUCUGGGAAACGAGCUGGCCGACACGCUCUUCUGUCUCUUUAAGGAAGACUUGCUCGACUCGACCUACGGCAAAGAGCAUGCCCACGACUCGUGCUCGCCGCUGCCGCUCGCCACGCUCGCCGAUAUCAACCUCCUCUUCCACGCCAUCCAUGCCGACGUCAAGGAUGCCGGCGCAGUCCUCCGCGGCGAGGCUGCUACUGAGCUCAACUACGACGUGCUCCUCCUCUACGAGACCUUGGUCAAGAUGCAGGACGCCGCUGCCGCACCCGACUCGCCCACACAAUUCGAGCCGGCGAGCUACCCGCUCCUCGCCACAGAGUUGCCGGUCCUAGCCGCGCGCUCGCAGCUGCGGGUUGUCAAGGCUGAACUGCGCCAAGUUGACUGCGGCGACAUGGACGACGACGGCCUCGGCGAGAACAUCCAGGAGCUGCUCGACGUCGCCCAGUUUGCGGAGCGCGGCAUGUUGGCCGCAGACAUGCUCGGCUCGUCAAAACAGCUGCUGCCGGACCUCCGCCUCCGCGCCUUGACCGUCUCGGCCGAGGCAUUCAACAUGAUCUACUCGGUGGCUCACUCGCUCGUGGUCACCCAGGACAAGGCUGUCCACGCCGUCGCCGCCGCAGACGCCUAUCGGCGCGGCCAGGCUGCAUUCACCAAAGCCGCUGACGCUCCCAAGGUUGUGACGUGGUCCGCUGCCGACGACGCCCGCCUGUGCAUCGACGCUGGCCGUCUGCACUUUGCUGAGCUGGAGACCCAUAUGCGGCAGCUGGCAGGCACAAAGCCGAGCAGGCGCGCCCUCAAGCGCGCGCGGCUCCUUGCCAAGCGCGCGCUGGCCGCGUACCGAAAGGCACUGAAAAUGCAGCCCGACUCUGGGUCAAGUGCCGUCCGCAUCAGAUGGCUUGCCCUCGUCCGCAUCGGUGAAAUUCGCCGGCUCCUCGUCGAGCACGCACGCGAGCUAGGCGCGCCUCGGACCAAAGUCCGUGGAUGGGCCCGCGACGGUUUGCAGGCCUUCCAGGACGCGCUGGCCAUUGUCCCGCUCCGCGACCGCAAGUUCCGUACCGCCGUGGCCGACGCCUUCUUUGGUGUCCAUGCCCUCAGGCUGGCUCUCUUUGGCGAGCUCGACCUCUUCACCAACGUCUGGUAUGACCGCGAGGCCAUCCAGCGCGGCGGUGAGCUGUGGACCGCCGCUCCCACGGGCGGCGUCGAGCCGCGCGACGUCCGCGCAAACGCGCUGGCGGCGCUCUCGGGCAUCCGUGGCCAUGCUGUGCUCGACAAGUACUAUCACCGCGGGGCAUACGUGGUGGCCAAGGCUGCUCUGGCCGCAGGCCAGCACGACGUCGCCUACGAAGAGUUUAAGGUCAUAGUCAACUCGAAGCAGACCGGGCGGCUCAAGAUCUGGAUGCACACCAUGGGCGAGGAAGUCAACGGGAAGCGCGCACAUGUACACGCCCUUACCAAGGUCGCCUACGUCAAGCUCUGGCUCCGCAUCCUUGCAAAGUCCUGCCGGCCUCGUGAAGCUGCCACCUUUAUCCAGGCCAUUGCCGACAAGCUUAUGUACCAGACCGCAAUCAAGACGGCGCUUCCGCUCUUGGCCGACGCCGUCCUUGAAAGUCUGCAGCAGCCGCUCGCUUCCAUCCAACACAAGCUGUCCGAGUCCGAGCUCCUCGCCGCAGCUGGAGUCUUUGCCGCUGUCGCCGACAAGCUCAAACUCAAGCUCGAUGUCGUUGACGCGUGUCUGGAGGCCGCGUUCAGGGCUGUGCGGCGAGCCGACAACGAGCCGCUGGAUGAUGGCGAGCACCCGCUGCGGAUCGACAUGCUAUCGCGGGCCAAGCGUGCGCUGACCAGCUAGGUGCUCCAUGAGCAGCUUCUCUUGCCCGUGUCUAGCGGACCCAGCCAUGGCGGCGAAGGCCGUCAAGCCCGGCACCGACCCGAUCGUUAAACCACGAUGUCGACUU